CUCCGUUGUGCAUAUACACAUACACAAUCACGUCUUCUAGCUUGUCAUGACUAGCUAAGAAGACUGCCUCAGAGUUAAUAUUUGACUAAAGAAAGCAGGACUCAGGCUGCCUUUGCUGUGUUUGUGUAUCUUGUGCUAUUGGCAUUAGCAAUUUGACAACACACAGAGUUCUUCCAGUUCCAGAGUCUACUGACGCGAAACACGAGGACUGACCAAAACAUUCGCAGCAAUGGAGGUGCUGGUUCUGUUAGACUUCGAGGGAACGAUGGGGGAUGAGAUAACAGUGCGUGCGGGCGAUGUGGUGAAGAAUGUGACAGUGUCCAGUGAAGAGGGCUGGCUGGAAGGAGAGCUCCGGGGAAAGAGAGGCAUCUUCCCUGCUAAUUUCGUCAAGGAGGUGCCUGUUUACUUGAAAGGAGACAGUAAGAGGGAGCCACGAAGCCUGAGGAAAACAACGAUGAUGAAGGAGCAGUGCAGGAAAUGUGAAGUGACUUAUGCCUACACACCAGUGCAACAAGAUGAGCUCGAGCUAGCUGUUGGAGAGACCAUAGAGAUCAUCAAAGAGAUUGAAGACGGAUGGUGGAUGGGGAAAAAAGAUGGAAAAAUCGGAGCUUUUCCAUCAAACUUUGUGAAAGAAAUUUUUGUCUAUCCAAAAGAUGUGAAGACCAGAGCUAAACUCUCUGAGGCCCUCUUCAUUAAAGAGGGAGCACAACAGCAGAGAGCAAGCAUACGUAAAAAGACAAACAUAAAAGAAUGUUGCCAAGUGAUGUUUGACUACACAGCCAAUGCUGAGGAUGAACUAGAUCUAAAGAAGGGGGACAUUGUCACCAUCAUCAACAAGGUCAAUGAUGAUGAGGGAUGGUGGGAAGGCGAAGUGAAUGGCCGAAGGGGCUUCUUCCCUGACAACUUCGUCAUGAUAAUCCCAAUGGAAGCUCUGCAAGAAAAAAGCCAACCACCACAAAGACGUGGCACAGAAAAGCAUUCAGUAAAUCAAGCUUCUGGAAUGGAUAGAAGGAGCACUGAAGCAAACACAAAGACAGAAACCAAAGAAGAGAAGUCAGAAGCUAAAGAUCUCAGGUGUGAUGUUCCUGGUAAAAUAAAGCUGCCUGGUUUCUUCAAAGCUUCACCACCUCCAGUUAAAGACAAACCACAGAAGCUUGCAUCCAAGCCGAGUGAUGACCAGCCUCCCAUCUCACCGAAACUCACAGACAGUAAGCCUAAAGAUUCAGACCAGUUUGAUGGCAUUGACGUGUCUUCUGCUAAACUCAACCAUCCCACAGCCAACAGGGCCAAACCUCCACAGAGGAGACUACCAUCACACACACCUGCAUUUAGUGACACCAACCAAAUCGAGGCAUCAGCACCAACAGAAACAGAUGGAGCUGAUAAAACACUUCCAGUUCCUCCCAAGGCCACAGGAAAUAAUUUACCACUGAACAAGAAAACCUCUACUAUUUUAGCGCCUCAGCAUCCCACUCUGUGUGUAACUCAGACUGUGACAAAACCAGCAGAGGUCCAGGAGAAACCAACGCUGGAGCAGGUUGUAGCUGAACUGAAAGAACUGCGCAUGGAAAUGGAACUGUUCAAAACCCGACACAAUGCAGACAUGAAAGAGCUGAAAGACGAGUUAAAUGAGGAAAGGAACAAACGAAUGAAAUUACAGGAUGAGGUACAAGUGCUGAGGAGGCAGAAGUAACCACAACUCUGCGAACAUUCGGAUCGAGAUUGUGGUUUUUACGCGCCGUGCUGCUCUCAGUGGAAUGCUGACUCAGGAUUCCCUGACACACAGUGUGAGUUAAGAGACACCACAGACUGACCUGGAGACUCACACAUCUAAUGGGUCUCUGAAAUGCAAUUAUUAAUAAUUAAAGACAUUAUUCACAAUUAUUAUAUACAGCAAUUAUUAGCAAUUAAAGAUAAAAGUCCCUCUUUCAUAGAACAUUUCUAUGACACCAAGACCGGUUUUGUUUUGUGUGCGUAACGUUGUGUUGUAUGAUACUCUGUGUGCUCUGAGUCCUCAUGCUGUAAGUGUUCCAAAGAUCAUCAUGUUUUAUUUUCAUAUCUGAUGUAUAAAGCCCGUAUUUUAAAUUAUAUUUUAUGACUUAUCUUUAAAUCUCAUCACAUCUAUGAAUAACUGUUUGCAUUUUACCAGGUACACAUAUCUUUAUCUUCUGUGAAACCUUUGGUGAUGCUUUAAGUUUCACUCAACUAACGUUGUUUAGCACAUUAGUGAACAUGAACGAAUCGUGAACUGUACUUCAGCAUUAAUACACCAGAAAUACCAUUAACAACUUAACGAUCACCUGUAUUAAAUGAUUUUUUUAAAAUAAUAAACCAAAUAGUCAAUGUUCAUACCAUUAAUGAUUAAACUUAAGCCCAUAGUGACUAAUAUGAAACAACUUAAUGAACAUGUUUGAGAUUGUUAAGUGACAAAAUUCAGACGUCAGGCUGAAAAACGAGUUUUAAUACUUACACCUGUAGUUCAGUUCAAGUUCUAAUUAGCAUUUAAGCAAACCUCAGUUAAGACUUUUGUUAACUUGCUUUGUUAUUUUUACUUAUGGUUUAUUAAUGCUGAAGUUUAUAGUUUGUUAAUGUUAACUAAUGCAUUAUGUCAGUUAAGGAAACCUCGAUGUAUAGAAUCACCAGGUUUUUUUUUAGUCCUAUGUUUUCCAAGGUGGUAGAUCAGUGUAUUUCCUUUAAAACAAAGCACAAAAAAUGAUGUGCUACAGAAUGAUAAAAGUAAUUUAAAGGCACUUUAUAAUUGCUAAGAUGUACUUGGCUGAAAAAACCUCUGACGCUCAAAUGUUAUUAUUACAUGCUGGCUGAACCAGUGUUAUAUUUUCACCUGUUUCUUGCUGCGCCUCACAUUGUUGUGUUAAAGUUGUGUCUAUUUAAUUGUGUACGCCACAAAGCUCUUUUUGAGGUUAAGGAUUAUGCUGUGUGCUUUUACAGAACUGCACUGUUUUUUCAGGAUUUGUACUGUGACACUAGAGCUUCAUUAUGAAACUUGUGAAUUUAAGGUGAUGGAAUAAAAGAGUAAUGCCUGUACUGUAUUGA